AGAGAGAGAGAGAGAGAAAGAGAGAGACUCAGACAGAGGCAAAUGGGGAGAGCGUUGGCGUUGUAGGGAGAGAGCAGUGGAGGUGAGGAGGGUCUCGCUGAACACGGACCCCGCUGGAAACUUCACAUCCACAGAAAUACGCCGCUACAGAGCGUCGCGCUCUUAUAUGGAGGAGAGACUCGCCGGAUGACCCUCUCACUGGCUCUGUCAACAGUGUGAACGCGGGCCGCCAUGUCCCAGAUGCUCCACAUGGAGAUCCCUAACUUUGGCAGCAUGGUGCUGGGCUCCCUGAACGAGCAGCGGCUGCAGGGCCAGUACUGUGACGUCUCCAUCCUGGUGAAGGGCCAGGCGUUCAAGGCCCACCGCGCCGUGCUGGCCGCCAGCAGUCUGUACUUCCGCGACCUGUUCAGCGGCAGCAGCAAAGCACAGUUCGAGCUGCCAUCCUCCGUCACGCCAGCCUGUUUCCAGCAGAUCCUCAGCUUCUGCUACACGGGGAAGCUGACCAUGGCCGCCAGUGAGCAGCUGGUCGUGAUGUACACGGCCGGAUACCUGCAGAUCCAGCACAUUGUGGAGCGUGGCAUGGACCUGAUGUUCAAAGCCAACUCGCCGCACUGCGACUCGGCCACGGCCGUCAUGGACGAGCCCAACUCGGGCCCGCAGAGUCCCAGCACCCACCCGCUGGUGCCAGCCGGCUGGUCACCCUCGCUGCCGUCGCAGGCCCGCAGGAUCAAGCUGGAGGAGCCGCUGGCCAAACGAGUUAGCGACGGGACACGUUCUGCACGGGCCGCACCCCUGUUCUCGGCAGGGGCGUUUCCGCCCGGGGCUCCAGCGUAUCUAGGAGAGCGUUCCAGUCCGGGAGCAUCCAGCCUGCCGACCACUGACAGCCCCACAUCUUACCAGAACGAAGACGAGGAGUUUGAGGAAGAGCCGUUUGACGCAGACGAGACUUACAGCCAGCUGUGUGGCCGCUCGGCCAACCCUUACGGAAUGGCAGAGAAGCCGGAGAUGGCGGUUAUGCCGGUGUCGCUGGAGAACCGCUCGUGUGUGCUGAUCCGCAGGGAUCUGGUGGCUCUGCCCGCCAGUCUCAUCAGUCAGAUCGGCUACCGAUGCCAUCCCAAACUUUACACCGAGGGAGACCCCGGAGAGAAACUGGAACUGGUGGCAGGCACAGGUGUGUUCAUGACCAGAGGUCAGCUGAUGAACUGUCAUCUGUGUGCUGGUGUCAAACACAAGGUGCUGCUGCGCAGGCUCCUCGCCACCUUCUUUGACAGGAACACGUUAGCAAACAGCUGUGGGACGGGGAUCCGAUCGUCAACCAGCGACCCCAGCAGAAAACCACUGGACAGUCGAGUCCUGAACGCUGUCAAACUUUACUGUCAGAACUUCGCACCCAACUUUAAGGAAAGCGAGAUGAACGUCAUCGCCGCUGACAUGUGCACCAACGCGCGGCGCGUGCGGAAGCGCUGGCUUCCCAAGAUCCAGUCCAUGCUUCCGGAUGGGAUGGAGGUUUCAGGGCUCAUCGGUGGCAGCGGCGUCAGUCUGGGCAUCGGUGGCCUCCCGGUGGGUGUUCAGCUGCCCUUUGAGACAGACUUUAAAAACCUGCUUCCCUCGGGCCUGAGCCUCUACGCUGAGCGCAAGGAAGCCGCGAGAACUCAUUUACCACUGGAUGGCGACGGCCCUGAUCUCCCACGGGAUGGAGGCGAGGAGGAGACGCAGGCUGAGGAGGACGAGGAGGAAGAGGCCCAGACUGACAGCGCGGAUGGGACGUUGGGGGCGGGGCCUGUCAAACCUGGAGCUGAGGGUGGGGCCACUGUGGCCACACCCCCUGAGAGGCAGCAGGAGGAGGAGUUUGUGGACGGCCUGAGAAUAAAUGGGCAGUGAGACUGGAGAAAACAGCCUUCAGUUCAUAUCCACCAUGUGAAUAAAUGCUGAAGGGAGGAAUCAAACACACACAGGCAUCACUCAUGAGGAACCCGCAACCUUAUUCAUGUGCGUUUUGACUUUCCUCAAACACUGGAUUUGGCAGCAUUUUCAUCAUGUGCUCCAGAGAGCAGAAGUCGUGGGAGGAAAUCAUGCCAGUGGCAUGGUUGCUGACCUUCAUUGUGAAACAUUAUUACAUUUACAAUUAUAUUACGUUCGUUCUUGAGAUCACUUUACCAUAAAUACUGCAGCAAAUCUCACUAAAACAUGACCAGAUCACUUUACACCCCAAAAUCAAGAGGAAAAAAAUAAGGUUGAAGCUUUUACAAGAAGCUAUAACAUUUAUAUCAGUGUGAGCUGUGUUUACACGCAUCCAAAAAAUCAGUUUAUAAUAAGAUUGAUAGCUAAAUCGGAUUGAUUUCUGUCAAAACAAAAGCGGUGUAGACCUGAAAUAAUUCAAUCAACAAGAUGAAAUUAAGUAUGACAUACUUAAAAGAGACUUAUUUUCUUAAUUAGAUUCAGUAAUAGCAUGCGUAACAUGCACAGUUUACUUAUGUUUUACUUCAUAUGACUUAGACUGAAUAUUUACUAAAUAUUUGCUAAAAAUGUAAAAAAUAAAAACGUUCUUCUGACAAAAAUAGCAGAUUACUUUUUACAUAUGUCAUCUUGUGAAUUGGUUCACAAUGUUUAGGGCUCAUACUAUAAGCGGAACAGAAUCUGAAACCAGAUUGGAUUCGUUAUGGGUGAUGAAAAUUAGUGCAUGUAAAUAUAGCUGUGCCAUUAUUUGUGUGACAGUUAAGCCCCAUUAUAAUAUUUAUAUUAAUCUAAAAUAAUAAUAUAUGAAUAAAUGCACAAAUAAAUUAACAUAAAACAAAACAGAAUAUAUAAUAGUUACACAUUAAUUCCAAAUUGUUUGAGUAAUAUAUUAGAAUCAUCCAUUAAUGCAGUGAUUUUUAGGGUUUUUUUAAUAAUGAGAAUUUGAGAUCAAUUAUUUUAAUUUGCAACCAUAAUGGUCCCAAACGUAUUUUUGUGCAAUCUGGGCAUGUUUUUUGUGAGAUUCAUUUACUAUCUAGAGAAAUGGCUGCGUUUAAUAAUGGCUGCAUUUGAAGCUGAAAUAAUGCAUUUCAUAAGCGUUAAGUGACAUUUCAUGUUCGGUUUUUAGUGCGGUAUAUCUGACGGCUUGUUUAGAACAGUUCCAUCAUCUUCACACGUUUGACUGAGUGAUCAUCCCUUUAGAAGAGUGAUGCCUGCGUGUGUUUGACCUGAUCUGAACGCUGACAUACAGACAGAUCCUCGCGCUCACAUGACCAGGCGACACACGGAUGGUGUCAGACAUUUCACCGAUCUUUCGAAAAACAAACGCACGCUGACGCUGCUAGAAUGAGCGCUCACUUCCACUGCUUGCAUGCCAGAUCAGAUACAAAUUUACAGCCUCGAUUAUAAUCUGCAUCCCGAAAAACAAACAAAACUGCUACUGUUUAUGUAAGGACUGUUUGUCGGACAGCAAGUGAUGAUUUUUCCUGAAAGAAAUAGUCAACAGGUCGGGUUUCACGGUGUGUUGCUGUCUGGAAUUGAAGCGGUGGGGUUUUUCUGUACUGUAAACUGUUUGAUGAAUCUAGCUGGCUUCAUUACAUUUGCACUUGACGAGUUUAAGGAGGUGAUGGAGAGCAGGUGCGUGGUUCGACUGCAGCUGCUGAAGACUGUUUGUGAGCGAUGUCCGUGUCUCUGAGUGAUUCUGUUCACUCUUCAUGUAUGUUUUGCUUUAUGUGCGAAGCGUGUUUCUGUUCCUUGUAUGUUUCUGACACAUGCACUAGUCUAGAAGACGAUAACAAAACAAACCCUCCCCAUGCUUCAGCGUCUUAAAGAUGACACAAAUUGGAUUUGUUUACUCAAAAACGAGUGUUUUGCCCAACAUGUACAGUCAUUUUUUUUUCACACUAUGGGUGAUGAACACACCCACAUACACCCCAAAAUCAUCUCAAAAUGAUCUCUGGCCAUAUGAAGUUCAAGUGGGGUUGGAAUACACUUGAUAUUUGUGUUUUCUUCAUGAGAAAUAUCAUUUCUUUGAUUUUGGGGAGGAAUAUGAAUGUUCUUUUUGAGAUUAAUGACAAACAUGUAAUUAUCUCUGAAGCUUUAAGAGCGUUGUGUAUUUGUCAUGCUUUUAAUACUGUAGUUAUCAGAAUCUCCAGGUAUGUUGAUUUUUUUUUUUUUUUUUUUCAGAAAUUCAUCUUCAAUCGUGAUGUUAAGAUCUACUGAUUUGAUGCUCAAGGGUUUUAUUUUGCACUGUCGGUUGUUAAAGUGCCUCAUCGGUGCCGUUGAUUGACAGCUGUCAUGAUUCUGAUCGACACUAGAUGACAAAGACUAAACUAAGGACAUAUUUGAGCUUUUCUGUGAGAAUCUUGAAGAUUUGGUGUCUCUUUCUUGUGGAGAGUUCAAAACUUCAUCUUCACCCGCUUCUUCGAUUUUAUUAUUAGUAGCCUGAGCAUUUUAUUCAAGCUUGAGUCAGUCAGAAAGAUGCCGUCUCAUAUCUUAAUGAGGAGGAAUAAUGGCCUUGAUUUUGUUGAGGUUGAAAAACUUGUGCCUUAUUGUGACUACUGAUACCAUCAUAACUCUUCAGUUCAGAAUGUUUUACGAAAUAAUGAUUGUUUUGGAUCAUUUUUGAAGACAAUGUGGGAAAUUAUGCAAAAAUCACAGCUGUUGGUUUGUCAACAGCUCAACACACCUGAAGAUUCUGAACAGAACUGACAAGAUGGCUCGUAUGGUAUGAUUAAUGCUGUUCGAUUUCAUAUAUAUAUAUAUAUAUAUAUAUAUAUAUAUAUAUAUAUGUAUAUAUAUAUAUAUGUAUAUGUAUAUGUAGUCUGUGACUAUUUAGAGCGAUAGCAAUACGUUUCUAAAGGUAGAAAUAGUCGGCUGGCUGCCACUAAAAUGUGCUGGAACUAACAUAUGAUCACUAAGGCCAGUCUUACACUAGUAUUUUUACGCACGUUUUUUUUCUCAAGAUACUUAAUUAUUUACCCAGAAGCCCCCGUAUCUGUAUGCCAAACUCCAAGUAUCCUGUCUCCAUCUUCCAGCUUUAUUUUUGAAGCAAAGUGGCUCUGAAUUCAUGCACUAGAUAAUGUGGAUCCUUUACCAACUUGUAGAGCGUGAAGCUGUUUGUUGCAGCUGUUGAAAUGUAUGUAAUGUGCUAAUUUAUAGAUUUCUGUUGGUACAGUAGCGUAGAAGCUCCUUCAGUAAGGCUGAGCUUUUCCGAAUAUCAGCACUAAUGCUCAGCUCUGAGGUUUUGCUCUGCGUGUGAGAAUGAGACGAGUGUUUGUGAAGGAACAUCUGUGAUGUUCAACGCUGUGCAUGAUGAAUCUGAGAGAAGCAGAUUAAGAAAUGCAAACUCUGUCAAACAGAACAUAUUAAUAACAUUAGUAAUGUAUUCACAGAUUGCAGUGGUCCAGAAUUUCAUCAUUUGGCUCUUGCCACAUUACAAAUAACGGCCAAUGAAUGUAACAAAAACGGCUGUUUCCAGGUGUUCAUCCUAUCAGAAGAAUGCAUAUGCUAAAGAAAGUGCAAUGCUAAUGUCUCGGCCCUUCAUUUUCUUUAUGCAAAUGAUCGUCUCUUGUUUUAUUCUUUUGAUUUUGGAGUGAAAACACCCCGAGGAUUCAGCACAGUGUUUUAGCGUAAUUGCAUAUUCCUCUGUCGGGAUGCUGUGCAGCCGAAUGACUUUGUUUAAUUAUUCAAAUUAAUAUGCGCAUUAAUGAUCUGCCUAUAACUGCAUGCUGUUUCUCCACAGAUCGAUCCGAUGAGCAGUUCUCGUGGGACUCGUUUCCCGUCUGCACUACUUACGCGUGUGUUUCUCCUUGUAGUAUAUAACGGCAGCACUUUAACGUUUGUGUGAAGGUUGGUGGAAUUGACUGGGAGCCGGUAAACCUCGAGCUCCGAGCGCCGACAAUCAGAGGAAGAAGGUGUUUGAGGAUCUUUGACUCAAACAUUGAAGUACUAAUGAUAGCUGAGCUUUGCCUAUAGCGUAGCAUCGCCACGAUGCGCUUCCAUGCAAGUUCCUUACGAAAGUUUAUAAUGAACCAUUAAACUGCUUUUUUAUUCAAAUAAGAAACAAUUAUGUCUACUGCAACAUGUCAUUGUCAUUGUCACAAAUAAAAUCUCUUUCAUUCCCAGUG